AUGGGCGCAAACGGGGCCGCGGAGCCACUCCUCGAUCCGUCUACGGUGGACGGAGCUCAUGAGGCGGCCGCCGCGGCGCACCAGCGGUCGCGCAGCUGGGGACGGCCCUCGGUGGGAGGCAGUUCGGCCAAGGGCGGGCACGCCCCGAGGCCCCUGAACGUGCUGGCCCUGAUCGCCCUGGUGUUCUACGAGGUCUCAGGCGGGCCGUUCGGCACGGAGGACACCGUCCGGCUCGGGGGCCCGCUCGUCGCGAUCGUCGGGUUUGCGGUCCUGCCGCUGGUGUGGUCGGUCCCGGAGGCGCUGGUGACGGCGGAGCUGGCGACGACGUUCCCGGAGAACAGCGGGUACGUCGCGUGGGUCACGGCGGCGUUCGGGCCGUUCUGGGGCUUCAUGGAGGGCUUCUGGAAGUGGGUCAGCGGCGUCACGGACAACGCCAUCUACCCCGUCCUCUUCCUGAGCUACCUGCAGCGCAUCUUCCCGGCGCUGGCGGCAGGGUACCCCCGCGCCGUGUUCCUCUCGUGCUUCACCGCGACGCUGACGUACCUCAACUACCGCGGGCUGUCCGUCGUCGGCACGAUCGCCGUGUCGCUCACCUUUGCGACGCUCCUGCCGUUCGUGGCCAUGGCCGUCCUCGCCGCGCCCCGCAUCAAGCCCGCGAACUGGCUGCGGUUCGACUGGGACGACCUCCGGCUGGGGCAGCUGAUCAACGUGCUGUUCUGGAACCUCAACUACUGGGACGGCGCGAGCACGCUCGCGGGCGAGGUCAACGAGCCCCGGCGCACGUUCCCGCGCGCGCUCAUGGCCGCGGUCGUGCUGGUCGCGGGGAGCUACCUCCUCCCGCUCCUGACGGGCCUGGGCAUCGACGACGGCGGGGACUUGAGUGAGUGGCGCGAGGGGCACUACGCCGACAUCGCGCGCGCCCUCGGCGGCAAGUUCAUGCAGGGCUGGGUCGUGGUCGCGGCGGCGGUGUCCAACAUCGGGCAGUUCCAGGCCGAGAUGUCGGCGGACUCGUUCCAGCUCCUGGGCAUGGCGGAGCGCGGGUUCCUGCCGGAGUUCCUCGCGCGGCGGUCGCGGCACGGCACGCCCACGGUGGCCAUCAUCCUGUCGUCGCUGGGGGUGGUCGGCAUCGCGUGCCUCGACUUCCUGGCCAUCAUGGAGCUGCUCAACGCCGUGUACUGCCUCGCCGAGCUGCUCGAGUUCGCGGCGUACGUCAAGCUCCGCAUUUCAGCGCCCGACAUCAAGCGACCCUACGCGGUGCCGCUGAACGUGUUUGGGCUCAUCCUGAUGCUCCUUCCGGCCUCCGCGCUCCUCGUGUUCCUCCUCGUGCUCCCGGUCUACCAGCGCAACUGGCUCGUCAUCACGUACUGCGCGGCGUCGACCGUCGCGGGCGCGAUCGCGUACCACGCGUUCCAGGGCGCCCGCCGCGCGGGGCUGCUCAAGUUCUGCUGCGCGCCGCCCACGGGCGUCGAGGACCUCGCGACCGCGCCGUGGGACACCGACUCGGAGUUUGCGUGGGAGGACGCGGCGGACAUGGCUGCCGACAUCGGGCUCGUGGCCGACGCGGGGCCCAGGCCCGGGGCGGGGGGGUCCCCCGCCGCCAGUCCGACGGCGGCGGACGUCGAAGCUGGAUCGGCGGGCGCGAAGGCGGCGACCCCGCGGGGGGGGCUGCAAGAGGCGCUGCGGGCCGCAGACGAGGCGGCGGCGGCGGCGGGGGGGCCCUCGCAGCGCAGCGGCAGCCGCGACCUGGCGCCCGCCCUCGACCCCCGUGCCGAGACAGACCACGAGUUCCACCGCCACUUCCACCAGUACCACCGCCGGGCGCGCCGGACGUCGCGCCAGUCCACGGACGCGGGGGUGUCGUCGUCCGCGGCGGGGCCCGGCGGCCACCGGCAGCGCCACUCCCCCGACACGUACGUCGGGGCGCUCAGCGAGGCGCUGGGCAUCACGGCCGCGGGACAGAUGGCGGCGAGCGUCGUCGAGAGCGUCGGGAGCUGGAUGCACCAGCACAGCGUCACGCACGGCGCGCACAACCGCUCCCGCAGCCACGGGAGCCUCGACGGGUCGGGACGCCCGUCCAUGGGGCACCAGCACGCGGACGACUCGGACAGCGAUCACCAGCACCCGGAGACCAUCCUGGAGGAGAACGAGCUGGCGGAGGAGGAGUCGGAGCAGGGCAUGUGGGAGGGCGCGAUGGAGGACCUCAGCAUGGGGCGCGCGGAGCCGGACGUCGGCGAGGCGGGCAGCCGCGGCGCGGUGUAG